CGCUAACAACUACCGGACUCUCUUUACUUCUUCUGACUUGUUCCUCAUAACGUCACUUAUGCUUCGUUUGCGUGAUCGCACUUAGAACACCCCAUGAGACUGCAAGACAUCGAGAUUUGUAUCAUUUUCCACAGCUUGACGGCCUGGUCUCGCCGCCAUGGCUGCGCUUGAUGUUGGGCUCGACGCAAGUGCCACCCUACCACGAGCUGAUUUACUUCAUAGCUUAUCGCCCGAGAUGCCUGGAAUCUUUCUUAGUCCAUUACAUUCAUGCCAUGAUUGGCUAAAUCAACCUUUCACAGAACAUCAUCUAGCAUUUAGCCUAUCUGUCUAUAUUGCCGAGCGAUCGCGUGAUGAAGCUUCAUGUUCGCCUGCUUGGGAUGAAGCAUAUCAAAAAGCUCAUAUGGUCCUGUAUUUUGUUCUAUAAAUCUCUUCGACUGCCGCGAACAAGAGCCUUCAUAUCUUGCGUCUAAGUGGUCAACGUUUUUCCAUUGGCAAGAUGGGCUCGGAUAAUGUUCACGAUAUCCCCGUGGACACAGUCCCCGCGGGCGAGGACAGUAAAAAGAGUCCCGUCACUGCAGUGGCAUCGGGCUCGUCCACGUCAUCCCUCGAAUUCGCCGCGGUGCAGCGUGUCAAAGGGGGCGGUGCAUUCGACACCUCAGAGGAUCCUCGGUACUAUAAGCCUAUCCCGGAGUAUGAAGGCAUACACCGUUGGGAUCCCUACUUUGAGUGGACGGAAGAGGAAGAGAAGGCCUUGAUCAAAAAGAUUGACUGGCGAAUCUGCACAUUUGCAUGCGUGACAUUCUUUGCGCUCCAACUCGACAGAGGCAAUGUUGUCCAGGCUAAUUCCGACACCAUGCUUGCGGAUCUGGGGAUGAAUACCAAUGACUACAACAACGGGCAGACGAUCUUCCUUCUCACAUUCUUAUUCGCCGAGCUGCCUUCGCAGUUAUUAUCCAAGAAGGUCGGACCAGAUCGCUGGAUUCCUUUCCAGAUGGUUUCAUGGAGCUUGGUUGCUGCAUGCCAAGCCUUCUUGAAGAAUAAGACCGGAUAUUUCAUCUGUCGGGCGCUUCUGGGACUUCUGGAAGGUGGAUUCAUUGCUGACACUAUCCUCUUCCUUUCCUUUUUCUACAAAUCUAAAGAGCUACCGGUCAGACUCAGUUACUUCUGGGUUUCUUAUGAAGCUACUGCGAUCGUUAGCGCUUUCCUGGCGGUUGGCUUCCUCCAUAUCCACGAUGCUGAUGGUAAAGGUGGCUGGCGGUACCUCUUCGCAUUUGAAGGUCUAAUCACUGGAAUCAUUGGAAUUAUCGCUAUCUUCUGGAUGCCUGCAUCACCGACACAAACAAAGGGUGGCCUCCGGGGUAAAGACGGCUGGUUCAACGAACGCGAAGAGAAGAUUCUUGUCAACCGCGUGCUACGUGACGACCCUAGUAAGGGAAGUAUGCACAAUCGGCAGGCUGUAUCGCUCAAGAUGCUUUGGACUGCUCUAUGCGACUAUGAUAUGUGGCCGAUCUAUUUACUCGGUCUGACAUGGAUGAUUCCUAACACACCUGCAACAAACUAUAUCACUCUCGAGCUCAAAUCCCUGGGCUUCGGUACCUUUCAGACGAAUCUUCUCACCAUUCCUGCCUAUGUUAUCUUCAUUAUCAACCUUCUGUUCUGGACUUGGAUUUCCGAGCGCUUCAAUCAGCGUUUAUUGCUUGGCCUCGUCAUGGAAUUCUGGUGCUUGAUUUUACUCAUUGCACUAGUUGCUCUUCCGGACGGGGCCAGCACAUGGGGACGAUGGGCCAUUCUCAUUCUAUUGAUUGGCGCACCUUAUAUUCAUGCUAUCAUUGUGGCCAUGACGUCCAGAAAUGCAGGCUCAGUUCGGACGCGAACGGUCGCUAGCGCUGUGUACAACAUGAUGGUGCAAGCGUCCAAUAUCAUUGCCAGUCAGAUCUAUCAAGCGAAGGACAAGCCAUACUACCAUACUGGCAACAAAGUACUGAUUGCCAUGGCCGUAUGGAGUAUUCUAGUUUUCAUUGGGGCCAAGCUCUACUACAUUUGGCGUAACAAACAGAGAGCCGCUAUAUGGGACGCUAUGUCCAGUGCCGAGAGAGAGGCAUACCUGGCCGAUGUCGCCGACAAGGAUCUUGGUAACAAACGUCUCGACUUCCGGUUCACCCAUUGAGCCGUCUUUCAUAUACCUUACGAAGCCCCCACACAUGACGUUUCUCGGGGAGACUAUAGAGUCUCAUUGAACUUAAUGACUUUUAAAAAUAGAUGAAUGAUAGAUAGCAUCUCAUAGAGACUAAAUCUCAAUGGCUCAUGU